AAUGCGUCACCACUGGUCAUCGAAUCCUGAUUGAACUGCACUGUGGUAUAGUUCGGCGGCCGUAGUGUUACGUCAUAACAGUUCAUUGGACUGACCUCAUGAUUAUCCUCACGGGGUUGUUUUAUAUCAAAUGCGUUACGUUUGUCUUGCUACGUGGUAGUAGUCUACCUUUCACCCGGCACACCAUGUUCCGUCUUUCUACGAGAGUGCUUGCUACGAGGGGUUAUAAUCUUUCAUUGCGUUCAAGCUGCAUCCGCAGCUGCAGGGCAAGUUACCACCACUCAUCGUCUUCCGGGCAUACCACCCAGGAAGAUGUUCUUCGUAUCGGAAAAUUUGUGCUGGGUUCCUUGCUCGCGAUGGGGACAAGUUAUUAUAUCUUCCAGUACCGCGAACCCAGAUUGAUACCAGCAAGACUGGAGACUGGUGCUAUUACUACCAUCCAUGCUACAUCUGAAGAGCUAUCCAGUGCAGGUGGUGCAGGAGACACAACCGAUGUGUUCGGGAGCUCCUCAUUCUCAACGCCCACCUACGGGUCUCCCGAAGACGUUCAAAAAGCAAUCGAGGAACUACGCGACGCCCUCCCCGGCAAGGAUCGCGUUCAGACCAGCCCAGAUUCCCUCCGGGUGCAUGGAUCCUCCGACCAUUUGUAUCACCCGAGUUGUCCUCACUCGGUUGUAGUCAUGGCAUGCAGCACGGACGACGUGGUGAAAGUUGUCAAUAUCUCUCGCAAGUACAAGGUCCCCAUCAUUGCGCUCGGCGGUGCUACGAGUAUAGAGGGCCAUUUCACCGGUUUUCCUUCGGGUAGCGUAUGCCUUGACCUGUCUGCCAUGAAUAGCAUCUUGGAAAUAAAUGAAGCUGAUGGUGAUCUGCGGUGUCAACCUGGAGCAAAGUGGGAAGACAUAAACAAUACACUAAAAGACAGGGGUAUUCCUCUAUUCUUCCCUCUUGACCCAGGUCCUGGAGCUACCAUCGGCGGCAUGAUUGGUACAGGGUGUUCAGGAACCAAUGCAGUCAGAUAUGGAACUGCUAAAGCAGAAUGGUUUCUCAAUAUCACGGUCGUCCUUCCAUCUGGCAAAGUGAUCAAGACCCGCCGACGGGCGCGCAAGUCUUCCGCUGGCUUCGAUACUACCAAACUUUUCAUCGGUGCUGAAGGAACGCUUGGAAUAGUCACAGAGGCUACAUUGCGAUUGGCUCCUAGAGUGCCCACUAAAGUUGCUAUGGCACAGUUCCCUGACGUCGAAAAAGCGGUCAGCGCCGUUCAGCAGAUCCUGAAUACUCCACACGGUCCCCACAUACAAUGCGUGGAGCUGUUGGACGAUCACAUGAUGGCAGCCAUUAACACUGCUGGGUUGGUUGAUGCUCCUUAUCCAGUGCAGGAUACUCUCUUCUUCAAGAUUCAAGGAUCCCCUGAAUCUAUCCGUGACACUUCCAAUGUCGUGCAAGAGAUUGUACAACGUCAUGGCAGCACUCGAUUCGAAUUCGCGGCAACAGAGGAGGAGGCAGGUGAGAUGUGGGAAAAUCGAAAAUAUGCUCUCUUCUCGACGUUAGCGACACAACCUGGUUCAAAAGUUUGGACAACCGAUGUAUGCGUGCCGGUUUCCCGACUUCCGCAGCUAGUCUAUGAAACCAAAGAGGAUCUUGCUAAGGCUGGUUUGAAAUCGACUAUUGUCGGGCAUGUUGGUGACGGUAACUUCCAUGCACUCAUUUUAUUCAAAGAUGAAGAAGAACUGCGGAGCGUCGGUGAAGCGGUUCACAGAUUGGUCCAUCGCGCCAUCCAGAUGGAUGGGACCUGUACGGGCGAACACGGUGUAGGGGUAGGCAAAACGGAGUAUCUUGUGGAAGAACUGGGCGAGGAUACCGUGGAACUGAUGAAAACCGUCAAAAAUGCCAUCGAUCCUUUGAACUUGUUCAAUCCUGGAAAGUUGUACCCAGAAAAUAACAAGGACAAGACACAAAUGACUUGAUCGACCCUCCGAUGCUCAGAGUCCGAGGACAGCUUACUUCUUAGAUAACUUUCUUGAAUUAUACGUUCUAUAUUCACGGUGGCUGAAUCCUUUUGACACCGGAGAAGCGUUAGCCAGGUUUAGUCUAAAGACGACAUGGGUACCAAACUGGAAACCUUAGAUUCAGCGA